CAGCCUUGUACUUUAAAAAAACAAAGAAAACUUGUAUUUCUCUCUGUUUUCCACUAUCUUUUUACACAUCCACUAUUCUUCUUCCUCUGCCGUUUCAAUUUGUGCAGAAACAGUAACCGACAAUUUUUCUCCUAUGUCCCAUAGCCUUUUUAUAUUUCUUUCCAACCCCACUUUUUAUUUUCUUAUUGGUUCUUGCUCUCCUGGUAUGUUUUGUUCCUGUUCCUAACAUUACCUGUAACCAAAAAAAAAAAGAUUCUUUUUCUCCAAGAAAAAGGGCAAACUCCAUGUAUGUAAAGCACCUUUCUUUGGUUACCUUUUACUUGUUUUUAAGUGGGUCUGAGUCAAGAUUUUGAAGUGAUACUUUGGGGAAAAACUGUGAAGGACCUAAUAUGGAGGCUAUAAAGAAACAAGCAACUAAAUUGAGGGAGCAAGUGGCUAAGCAACAGCAGGCUAUUUUGAGACAACUGGGGCACUUGGGCCAUGAAUCUGUGAUGGUCGAUGAAGCAGAACUGGAGAUUCAUCAGCGACUUCAAGAAUUAUAUAUGUCUACAAGGGCUGCAAAGCAUUUCCAGAGAGAUAUUGUUCGUGGUGUAGAAGGAUAUAUAUCAACCAGUAAAAAACAAGUGGAAAUAGCUAGAAAGUUGGUGGACAAUUGUUAUAAAUAUGGGAGCGAGAUUCAAAAUGGUCCUUCUACCUUGCCAAAGGUUGCCGUGGAAUUUGGUACUUCACAUGCUGCAAUGGAAGAUCAAAGGGAAAUUAUGCUAGGAGUUCUUGGAUCACAGGUUUGUGAGCCGUUGAGAGCAUCAAUACAUGGUGCUCCUUUAGAAGAUGCUCGCCAUUUGACUCACAGUUAUGACAGAAUGCGCCAGGAGUUCGAAUCUCAGGCUACUGAAGUAAUAAGACGUCAAUCAAAGUUUAGAGAAGCUUCUACUGAAAGUUUGGCAAAGCUUAAAAAUGCAGAAACGAGAUUGUCGGAGCUCAAAUCUUCAGUGUUGGUUCUUGGCAAAGAAGCAACUGAUGCCAUGUUAUCUGUAGAGGAGGAGCAACAACAGAUUACUUUCCAAAAGCUUCUUACCAUGGUCGAUGCUGAAAGAUCGUAUCAUCAGAAUGUUGUUUCCAUUUUGGAGAAGUUGCAUUCUGAGAUGCUUGUAGAAGAGCAAUUAAGUGAGUCACCUCCACAAUCUUCAAAUUCACCAAGAGUUUUGCAUGACACAACUUCAAACGGAACUGAGCAUCCAGAAGCUGAGGAUAAAAGUCCUACCUAUUUUAUUGCGAAGGUCAUGCACUCUUUUGAUGCCCAAGCCGAUGGCGAGCUAAGUCUAGAGGUUGGCGAUUAUGUGGUAGUCCGGCAGGUUGCUCCAAAUGGAUGGUCUGAAGGAGAGUGCAACGGCAAGUCAGGUUGGUUCCCCUCCGCGUAUGCUGUAAUUUCAGACGAAGUAGCAGCAAGCAAAAUGGUGGAAACGGAUACCACACCAUAAGAUAAAACACCAAUCAGUCAUGCUACCUUCAUAUAAAACUUGUGUUUUUUCUUUGUAAAUUUCCACUUUGUAUAGGUGUUUGAGGAGUUACUCAUUUUGCUUCUUUUUUUUCCUUCUUGUUGUAAAUGCAUCAAAGCUUAUAAUCAAGUUCAUUAUUUGUUGAUGAGGGAAUUUUGAUACAGGAAAAUGGAUUAUUUGUAAUUAAUAAAUAUUAUGAC